AUGGACGAUUCACAAUCUGGAAUGUUACAAACGGUUUUCAUUUCGUUCUAUAUGAUUUUCGCCCCAGUAUUUGGAUAUUUGGGUGAUAGAUACAAUCGAAAAUUCAUGAUGAUAUUUGGAAUUGUGAUUUGGAUCAUUGCCGUCAUUUUGUCGACAUUCUGCGCUCCGGGGCAUUAUUACUUGUUCCUUCUUUGUCGCGGAAUUGUCGGAAUUGGAGAAGCCUCAUACUCAACUGUUGCUCCAACAAUUAUCGGAGAUCUUUUUGUCGGCGCGGCUCGAACGAAAGUAUUGAUGUUAUUCAGUAUUGCAGUUCCCGUUGGAAGUGGUUUAGGAUUCAUAUGUGGUUCAACUAUCGCACUUAUCACCGAUUCUUGGCAAUGGGGAGUAAGGUUUUCUCCAAUUCUGGGUAUUCUCUGCAUAAUUGCAAUGAUUUUUUUCCUCGAUGAACCCGCAAGAGGAGCUAAUGAAGGUUCUCAACAGCCUGGAGAUGAUGCUACAUUAUGGGAGGAUAUCACUUACAUUUGCUCUAUCCCUUCUUAUGUCCUAGUGACACUUUCAAUCAUCGCUGCAUUCUUCACUAUCGGAACUUUGAGUUGGUGGACGCCUAAGUUUAUCCGAUUUGCGUACACGAUCGCAAUGAAGAAAGAUCCAACGAAAGCUGAAGUCAACUACAUUAAUUUGACAUUUGGAAUCAUCACUUGCAUGUCAGGCCUUCUCGGAGUCACCAUGGGAACUCUAAUGGCAAGAUCAUGGCGAGAUGGAAAAGGUCUCUUCAAAAACUGUAAAACAGAUAAUGCCGACGUUCUUGUGUGUGCCAUUGGUAUGCUCGUUUCUCUUCCCUUCUUCUUCGCAGCACUCAUGCUCGCAAUUAUCAAUGUUAAUGUGACAUUCGCUUGCAUUUUCAUCGCAAUUCUUUGCAUGUGCUGGACAUGGGCAAUUAAUGUCGAUAUCGUAAUGUCAAUUGUGAUACCAAACCGAAGAGCAACAGCAUUAGCGAUUCAGUCACUUGUUUCUCAUCUCUUCGGUGAUGCUUCAGCCCCGUAUAUCACUGGAAUGUUUUCGGAUUGGGUUCGCGGCAACAAUGAAUCAGUUUAUGGGCAUUUCUAUUCGCUUAAAACUGCAUUGUACAUCCCAACAUUUAUGAUUGUCAUUUCUGGGAGUUUAUAUCUUGCGACCUCAUUCUUUAUUACAUCUGAUAGAAAGGAAGCGCUCUUCCUUAUGAAUGCUGUUGAUCCAAAUGCGCAAAAUCUGCCAGAGGAUCAAUCUAAUUUGGUGCGGCCUGAGUCACCGGACUCGACUGUUUUUGAUAAUAAUGAUGAUGAUGAUGAUGAUAUUCGUGAAAUUGAAUUCGAGCCGACUGAUGACGAUGAUGGGAUUCCUACGAUUGACUCGCGGCGUCUCUCCGCUGGUCUUGAUCUUCUCCCGCCAGUAAUCUCUUGGCGGCUUGAAGACGAAGCAUUUCCCAUUAGUCGAUCGGCUACUAACGUGAAUUCUUCAGCGAUUUAUCAGAAUCUUGCCUCUCUCAGAGAUGCUGAAUCGUCCAGCGAUGAGUACGAAAGUGUUGGAGAUUCACCGCGUUACUGGUUACCACGAGCUUAA